AUGAGGCAGGUAUCGACACAGAGUUAUUUCAUGCUCACUCUACGAGAGCAGCUUCUACUUCGGCAGCACAACGAAGUGAGGUACCUGUAUCAGAGAUUAUGUCUAGAGCAGGUGCCGCCAGACAGGGUAGUGAAAUUCUCAGAGUUGACCAAUCCGCUAGCAUGGAGAUCAGGGGAGCCGUUUGGGAUCCUAGUACAAGCCACUAAGGAGAACUUCUCCAGGAUUGGUACUGCCUACCUGGAGGGCUACCUGGAGCUUGAUGAUGGUCUCCUUGUAAAUCAACUCCUAACUGUUGAGGUAAAGGGACAGCCUUUCAACCUGGUAGACAGCAGACUAAAGAUGGGUGAGAGCCCAUCAGGUACCAUGACCCCACCGAUUCCUGCAUCGCCUCACAAAGGUGGCAAACCACAGCUCUUCAGGCAGCCGCAGCAUCAAUCGCUUCGGCGGAAGCAUUCUUCGGAGUUCCUACGCAAGAUGGAGGAGCAGAAGUUAAAGUCUUCUGGUUCCUGGUCAAGCACAGCUGAUGGUAGUGAGGACAGUCCUAAUGUCAGUGAAAGCCCAGCGACAGAUGGUGUGUUCUUCCAGGUUGGUGAUGACAGUGGCAACCUGUCCAACGGAAUCGGGAAGUUGUCAAAGUCUGGGAAGCACAGAGAUGACAGACAUCAUGCAAGGAGUAUGAUGAAUGAUAGCAAACCUCCAAACAUUCUUGUAUAUACAGGAUCUGAGACUGAGGAUGAGGUGUUUGCUGCAGUGCAAGCAGCCCUACAACAUUGCCUUGAACAUGACAAAUAUGUCAUUUAUCUCCUGAAACCAAGCACGUUAUCGCAGCCAUGGUCGGACAAUUGCGCCUUGAUGGUCCUCGCAGGGGAAGGUAAUCUUCCUGACGAAGCCACUUCCAGGUUUGUCUCCCACUUUAAGAAUGGGGGACGCAUUCUGAAUUUUGGACUCCCAUUGUCCCUCGGGGAUGUGAGCUUCCAGGUUGGUGCCCCUACAGAGAAGGAAGUGGAAGCAACCUAUCAGGGUAUUGUAAAGUCUCAGCCAUACAGAGUGCAGGGUUUGAGUGGGCCUGGGAGGCUCCAUGUGAAUGACGGGGAGGGUGAUAAGAACACUGAGGUUAGCAUCUUGGCUCAGGACAGGAUACUACCUAUGGUUGUGAAGGCAUCAGAGAAGUCCAAAGGAGGAAUGGCAAUAUUCUCACAAAUAUGCUUUCCAGAAGGUCACCUUGAGGGUACUCAAGAGGACAUGGCAAUAGACAUGUUGGUUAGAUUGGGUCUGGCUUGUAUUAGCUCUAAGACUACCAGUCAACACAUCAUCCAGCUCACACCAGCAUAUCUGCUAGGCAUCAAUCAGGCAAAUGAACGUUUCCUCAAAUCAAUAUCAAGCCAGAAAGAUGCAUCCCCUAUCCUACGAGGCUCGCCCGUCUCUCUUCAUUUCAUCUAUGAUCCAUCUGGGAUCAAACACGUCAGCCCGUCCCUCCUACCAGUCGUCAUAGGGCGCAAGAGCUUACCCAUGGGGUCGCUCUUCAACUUUGAUGUUUAUCGUAACAAUCUCCAGACGAGGAUUCUGGGUAAUGUGGUCCUGUAUGCAGAGGUGUUGCCAACAACGAUGGACGUGUUUGAUGGAUUUAUGUUCAAAGUUCCAGACAAUAUUGGAUGUGUUUGUAUAGCAACAAGAAUGACUGGUGGAAAAGGGCGUGGUGGUAACCGGUGGUUAGCUCCCAUAGGCUGUGCUAUGUUCUCUCUUCACGUUCGCAUCCCAUUGAAGACACACCUGGCAGAUAAACUUCCAUUCCUUCAGCACAUCGCAUCGGCAGCAGUAGUAGAAGCCGUCAGGUCACUCAAAGGUUAUGAGGAUUUUGACCUGCGUCUGAAGUGGCCAAAUGAUAUUUACUAUGGUAACAAACAGAAGCUGGGAGGGGUCAUUGUGAACUCAUCCUGCCUUGAUGGUGUCUUCCAUGCAAUAAUAGGUAUUGGUGUGAACGUCUCCAACAGUGUCCCAACCACAUGCAUCAAUGACCUCAUCCAUAAACACAAUGAAGAGAAACGUACCAGUCUUAAUCCUGUCACAAUGGAGAUGGUCAUAGCUCGUAGUAUUACUGAGAUGGAGAAGAUGAUCAAUGCUUUUCAAGAGAAGGGAGUGGAGUCUUUCCUACCUGUCUACUAUAGGAGGUGGCUACACAGUGAUGCCAAGAUCAGGCUUGAGAGUGCCAACGGGGACGAGGUAACGAUAACAGGACUGGACAACUCUGGUUUCCUACAGGUCAAGAAGACGGACGGCUCUAUCCUCAGUGUCCAACCAGAUGGGAAUACGUUUGAUAUGCUUAAGAACCUUAUCAGUAUGAAGUCAUCUAAGCAUUGAAUUUGGCUCUGGACCCUGUUUCAAAGUAUCUGUCAUCAAUAAUAAAGGCUAUGGCAAAGUUGCUCUUGACCAAAAAACGGCCUUUCAGUAGCUUGUAACCCGUCAUGGAGAAGCUUGAUGAAACAAGGACUUGGUCAUGUACCUUCACACAGGAUGAUAAUGCCCGAGAUGUAAGUUUAGGCUAUAAAUUGGUUUAAACCUUAGUCUAAGGCUUACUACUUUGGUCUAGACGUAUUGUCAAUGAUUAUGUCUUGGUCUAAGACUUCUGCCAAUGAUGUGACUUCAGGCCAAGUGGUAUAUUGUCACUGAGGUGUUAAAAUCUUGUAUUUCAAAAUCAUCUUUUGAGGUCAGCUCAGAAAAGCUCACUUUUAUGGAAGGGUCUUCUUUCUGUGGGCACUGUCCCUCAGGCACUGUGCAGCCUCCAUCAAUCACAUGCCUGUAAAAAAAAAGAGAAAAAUACUUUUAGUAAUUGCUACAUGGUCGAUAUUGAAUCAGCAUCAGAUUUUUUUUCAUCCUUUAAUGAAUUUACACUAUACAUGAAAUAAAAAAUGUGUAUACUUAUUACAAAGGGGAAAAAGAAAGGAUCUUAUUUCUACAGGUGACUAUGCCUAAAUCUAAUCUGGUCUGAAAUAAUGCUUAGAGUUAGGCAGUUAUUCUAUUUAUAGAAGGUAAACUUAUGCAGAGUCGAAUGUAUUCAAUUUCCUCAUAAGUAUUUAAGAAGUCAUUAGAUUUUUAUUUUGGAACACUGUAUCACAUAUUAAAAUCAACCUUGGACAAGACUUAUCUACUCACCUCAUCAGAAACUGUGACGGCAGUGGUGCUAGUCACAUGAUGCUGGAGAGAUUCGCCAAGCCCACUCUCCCUAGUCCAACUACAGAGGCAUGGUCCUAUUUAUUAUGGCACUUUUGCCAGCUCAAUGACCUUGAGAUACAUUUUUCGAGGAUCUGAACGAGACCUCGGCACCACACUCUGAACACUGUAAGAUGAUGUUGAUGGUUGGGCCACUUUGCUUUGUUUCAUCAUCAAGAGGGAUAAGGUGUCCUGAAAUAUUAAACAAUGCAAUUAAAGAAUGGGAUUAAAGAUGGAAAAUGUGACUUAUUUCCAGCAGUUUUCAGCAUGCAGCACUGGUGUUAAUAUUUUUUAUGAAUGCACACAGAGCUAGAAAUUUUGCCUUUUUCAUUGCAUUCAUACACCCCAAAAUGUUCAUGUUUUUGAGGGGAAAAUCAAUGUUUAACGCAUUUCUGACAUAUGAUCCCAUUACCCAAAUUUAAUGAUUUUGGUAUCAAAUUAAAGAGAAUAAUAUGUUCCAACUGCCCUACUUAGUUUACAUUUAGUCACUACCUUAAUUUUGAUGGGCAUAAAAAAAGGAAGUUCAAAGUCUCAUAUCUUGUGAAAAAAUGUACCAUAUUUUGUAAACUGUCUGGUUAUUGUAGUAUUGAUAAAUCCAAUGGAAAUACUCAUUUUUCAUCUAUCCUGUAGGACCAAGUGUCAGAAUUGAUUUCAAAAUACCCUUUCCCCCACUGCUCUGCAAAGCCCAAUACAAACCUGCACACAAAAUAUCUGCACUCUAUGUGUGGUUGUGUGUUUCAGCGGUGUGUGUUGUGACAAAUUAUACUACACACUACACAGAGCCUUUUGGGGGUAUUGGGCUGAAUUUCAUUCAAAAUUCAUUUGAUAUGGUGGUGUGACCUUAAUUCGCACGUUACCUAAUUUUUGCGCACGGUCAAAUAUCUCCAUAUCAAAUCAAAAUCUUGAAAAACUGAUAGCACCAACAGAAAAAACCCAGUAUGGUAAUUUUCUAGAAGGUAGGGUCUCAAUUUGUGAAAAUAUUGGCAAAACAUCAGCAAAUGUUGUUACCUUUUGCCUCCACUCUGAACUUUUGACAAGCUUCAAGAAACUGCCAAACAGGUUUUCAAAAAAGUAAGUAAAUUGUGAUACCAACUGAAUUUAUGGCAUUUUAACCUCCAUCUGAUACAAUUAUCUUACCUUUGCUUGAUUUCUUUUCUAAAGCUUUGCAAAAAUGCAAAACAAUCGUGCUCAAAUUAAGUUUACACUUUUUUAUGAUACUCUUUCAGCAGAGCACGCACUCCUGGGGCACUAGUCGAUCGUCAAGGAAUUUGGAGAUCGCGAAACCCUUGACCUACUUUAUAAUUCCGUGAAGUGAAUUUGACUUUAGGAUCUUGGUUUCCAUUUGGUAUUUAGGAUUUUGAUUAAUUUUGUAUGAACUGAGAGAAAUUUUUGAUUGAAAAUUAACUUCAUGAUUAUUCUGAAACGUGCAUGCGCAAAUUAUGGUCACCCCAUAUCCCAUCAUAAUUAUUAAAAAAACGAUUCUUGGAUUACUAUGAAAUUUGGU